CUGCAAGCAGCUCUCAAUCCCACUCUAAUAAUACUCAUUUGUCUGUUCGAACUUCUUCAAUGAUAGAAGCUUGUUUACAUUUCUAUCCAUUCCUUCCAAUGGUGUCUGCAGUUCAUCUUCUCUAUGUUCCACCAUCCCAAUAUAGCUGUGACAUAUGGUGUGACUGUGUUUAUGUGUAGUGACAUGUUGGUGAUGGAGAAAGUUGUAACGUCUUUGUCUGAUGUGCUUGCCGAUUCAGACGUGAAUAAUGAGAUGAAUGUACGUGAUAGAGUUGAUAUUUCUUAUGGCAUUGUUUGUGCAGUUGACUAUUUGCAUCAUCAAGUGGGAAUCAUUCACGGCUACAUCAGCCCUACCAUUGUAUUUAUCACAUCUCGACUGACCGCCAAACUGUUAGAUCCAGCAGCAUCUUGUCUUGUGCAUAAUAAGAUAUGUCAACGUGCUGAGUCAUAUGAGGAAGAUCUGCAUCAACUAAUUUGUCUUCUUAUCAAGUUAUAUGACUCACAUUUACAAUUUUUAUCUGUUUCUCGUUGUUUAUGCAACAUGAUUAGUUGUGAUGAGACUAUUAGACCAAGAGAAAAAUGUGUGUCUACGACAUACCUGCUUGAGUUAAUUGAUGAAUUGAGACAGAAUGAGGAAUACAGUUGCAGCUCACGCAGACAUGAACUAAGUUUGAAAAUUGAAGUUGACUAAGUUAUCUGAUUAGAUAUGAAUUGACUGGUUGUGUUUGUAAAGUUAGAUACAUUUGUUGAAAGCAG